UGACAAUCUGUAGCUUACGUCCAGCGGGAGCAGCAACAGCAGUAGCAGCAGCAGCUUUAAGUCUUUCAGAGUGAGCGAAAGUCGAGUGGAAAGAGUCGGCAUGGACCAGACAAAUAACUUUCAAUUCUCCAUCAGGGAAUAUCAGCCCUCCGAUAAACAUGAGGUAAUGUCACUUUUUCGCACUGGGAUUCUUGAACAUGUGUACCCAGCCUUUUUCAGGGCCAUGACCCAUCCAGACCAUGUUGGUGUUGCUCUGAGCAUUUCCAUGGCUGGCUACGUGCUGGGGGGCAGCUCCUACUUCCAAGCGUUACUCUUUGGCAGUGCAUGGGCUGGCCUCAUUUAUUACUGCUGCCAUGACAUCUAUGAGGGCUACAUGAUGAGGAGGCUAAGCACAGACAUGGCCGACAUUGAAUCCAGCUACCUGGAAAACCCAGAUAACGGCUUCUGGGUGGCAGAGGCAGACGUCAAAGGCCAGUCCGCGGUGGUGGGGAUGGUGGCGGUGAUGGGGAAAACGGGAGAGGAGGAGGAAGGUGAAAGGUUUGACGACUGGAACGGAGCAGUGCUGGGAGGAGGCGCGGAGUUUUCUCAAGAUGGAAGUUACGGCGAGAUGUCUCACGUGGUCGUGGUGUUUCCGUGGCGCCGCAAGAACCUCGGUUCCCAGCUGACGCGGAAGGCUUUGGAUUUCUGCAAAGAGCGAGGCUUCGCCCGGCUCGUCCUGGACGUCAGCGCGCCGCAGACGGCAGCCAUUGCCAUGUACCAGAAAUUUGGCUUCGUUCAAACCGCGUCCCACUCUAACACACAUGCCAAUCGCUGGUUCUCUAAACUAGCCAGAAUCAACGUGAUGCGAAUGGAGAAGUUGAUCUAAACACGAAGUGGACUUCAUCACCUGAUAGAACUUCUGCUAACUAGAAUAUUUCAGUUAAUUUAUGGUUUUUGUCACAUUUAAUACUGCUCUGUGAUGUCUGGCCACUCACCUCUCCACCUCACUUUCACGGUAGUUGAAAAAAAUACAUUAAAUUUUAUUUUUUUUCCACAAAGCAGCAUAAA